CUGCAAAAUGGAUGAAAAAAAAGAAUCUAUUUUGGUGGGCAUCUUUGUCUGCUUUGUCGGCAUGGCGUCAUGGAUCGAUAUCAAUGGCGUGUGGGUGGAACUGCCAUUAAUGGUGCACGUUUUACCCGAAGGCUGGAAUCUUCCUUCCUAUCUGAUUAUCAUAAUACAAGUAGCUAACAUUGGACCUUUACUUUUCAUUCUGAUCAGCAAACUUACCAAACUUCAACUUGAGAUUCCUACAAACUAUAUUAUUAUUUCCAUUGGCGUUGUGGCAUGCUCGCUACUUGUUGUCUUCUGGGACAAGACAACGCAUCUGUUUGGGGAAGAACACAGUACAGCAUUGUUUGUGCUAUCUUCGUUCUUGGCGGCCGUGGAUUGCACAUCGUCUGUAUCCUUCUUAGCAUUCAUGGCUAUGUUUCCAUUAAAGUUCAUGACACCUUACUUUGUUGGAGAGGGACUUAGCGGACUUAUUCCAGCGUUAAUUGGACUGAUUCAAGGUGGAGGGGGUAACUCUGAGUGUCUGAAUACAUCAUAUACUAACUCUACCACCAAUUUUACAAGCUACCAACAGAUUUACUAUCACCCACCGCCACGAUUUUCUGUUGAAGUCUUCUUCUCUAUUCUUGUCAUUAUGUUGUCCUGCAGCCUCAUAUCGUUUGUGAUGUUAAACCACCUGCCAUUAGCAAAACGUCAAAUGAUACAAAAUACUGAUUUGAAGACGAAAAGAAUGAGGGGAUACGAUAUUGUUGCUGAUAACACUGAUGAAGGUGUCUCUAUAGAGAUGGUCAACAAACAUAAACAUUCAACUGUAACUGAAAUAAAUGCAGAGAAUUUAAAAUAUGGUCAGAUAAAAACACGUCUGAAGUCUGCACUGGACGCUGAAAAGAUCAAACCGAAGAAUGCCAUGUCAUCUUGGGAUUGGCUAUUAUUGAUGACCAUCCAAAUGUGGACCAAUGCUCUGACCAAUAGCGUAAUGCCGUCUGUUCAGACGUAUUCAGCGCUCCCUUAUGGCAAUAUAGCGUAUCAUCUUGCUGUGACAUUGGGUCAGAUGGCUAAUCCCCUCGCCUGUCUGGUUGUGCAUCUCUGUCCAACCAGAAACAAUGGUAUUAUCAGUUUGAUAGCCUUCCUGGGCACGGCUGCUGGUGCGUAUGCGAUGUCAACCGCAUUGAAAAGUCCAUACCCUUACCUCUGUGGCAGUAUGGGCGGAGAAGUUUUGGUGGUGCUGGCAUGGAUUAUGUUAGUUGGAUUUCUGACCUACGUCAAAGUGAUGAUUUGCGUUAGAUGUCGUGAUAAUGGACGCAGAGCAUUGAUAUGGUGCGGUGCCGUAAUGCAGACUGGAUCUUUAAUCGGUUCUAUUAUCAUCUUUCCUUUGGUCAAUACUUUGCAUUUAUUCACUAUAAGUGACCCUUGUUCCAAUACAUGUUGGGACUAGUUAUGUGCAAUGUUUGUUAUGACUGUAAUUUAUCUCCCUCUUUACUAUACUCUAUGUCAAUGAUGAAUGUUACUAACUAGUAAAAAUGGGAAAAAAAAAUUACUGUAAAUUCUUGAUAUUUUGCACAUACUUUGAAAAAAGCAAGUCACAAGGAAUAUUUUUUUGUGAAAUCAUGAG